AGCCGCAGGUAUUUUUGUCAUUUCAAGUUGGAAUGGUGUUGGAUUCUGUUACUGUCACUGUGAAGGAAGCUUGAAGGCCUUGAAAGAGAGAGUUGAGGAUCUCUAAUUUUCAUCCAACUUCUCAACCACUUCUACACUAACAAUGACCUCAACUUCUAUCAACCCCUUUGAUGGUAAAGACCCAGAUAGUUGAAGUCCAUCCACUAAAUCCAAUAGCCCUUAGAAUGACAAACAUGGCUGCCGAAUUGGUAGGUGAAGCUCUUCUUUCUGCUAUCUUUGAUGUUCUGUUUGAUAGACUGGCUUGUGGUGAUGUGGUGGAUUGCCUGUGUGGAAAGAAACUCGGGGACAAGCUCAUAAACAAUUUGAAGACUCUUCUAUCGGCUGUUGAUGCCGUGCUUGAUGAUGCAGAGGAGAAGCAAAUCACAAAUCCAAAUGUCUAGCAGUGGCUGGACGAGCUUAUAGAUGCUUCCUAUGAUGCAAAUGAUCUCUUGGAUGAAACUACAACUCAUGCUUUGCAAUCCAAGAUCGAAGUUGGAUAAAAAACAAAAUCAAGUAAGUUAUUGAACUUCAUUUCAACUUCUUUCAAUUUGAAUAAUGAACGAGAUGUGAAGAACAAGCUGGAGCUGGUUCUUGGAAGGUUGAAAUUUCUUGAAGAACGGAUGAUGUAGCAAUAAGGUCCGUAAUUCCAAUAAUAGGUAUGGGUGGUGUUUGCAAAACCACCCUUGCUGAAUCAGUGUACAAUGAUCACAAAGUUGACAAGCAAUUUAAGCUCAAAUCAUGGAUUUAUUUUUCUGUUAAGUUUGAUAUUUGUAAGAUAACAAAAAGAAUCCUUUGUGCAUGACUAAGUCCCUCUAUCAUUCUUAUGAUAAUACUUAGAUUGACUUCAAACUACGUUGAAAGAGAGGUUGAUGGAAAGUGAAUUCUUGAUUGUUCUAGACAAUAUGUGGAAUGAAAAUUAUGUUAAUUGGGAGAACAUGAGUAGACUUUUAAAUAUGGGGCUCAAUGAAGCAAGAU